AUGCACGUUUUUGUGGACGCCAGUGAAAAGGCUUAUGCUUGUGCCGUAUAUCUCCGAACAUACACCAAUGACGGGAAUGCUCAGUGCGCUCUGCUGGCCGGGAAAGCCAAAGUGGCACCUGUAAAACCCAUGUCGAUACCCAGACUGGAGCUUCGGGGAUGUGUGCUUGGAACGAAGCUAGCGAAAUACGUUCAAGAUCAACACAGUGUUUCUAUAGCUAAGCAUUUCUUUUGGACGGAUUCGACGACAUCACUGUCAUGGAUCCGAGCGGACCCUCAUAAUUAUCGCCCGUUUGUUGCCCAUCGAAUCGGCGAAAUCCUAGAUUCGUCGAGCGUAGCAGAAUGGAGAUGGGUUCCCUCAAGGUUAAACCCUGCGGAUGAAGCAACCAAAUGGGGAAAGGGCCCGUAUUUCAGCAACAACAAACCCAUCGUAGCCACUACCGAAGAAUCCCGAACAGCAGUUAUGCUGCAUGCAGUGACCAGUCCUGUCAUCCGGUAUGAACGAUUCAGCCGUUAUGAGAGAUUGCACCGAGCAAUGGGCUAUGUGCUGCGAUUCCUAAACAACGUUCGACCUGACCGACCGAAAAUGUCUGGACAACUACAACAACAUGAGCUGCAGGCUGCGAAAGAGGCGAUUUAUAAGCAAGUGCAACUCGAAGUGUAUGCGGAGGAAGUGCUAAAGCUGAUGGAAAUCGAGUCUGCAAUCAGUGACGAGUCGAAAACAAUCGACAAACACAGCAGUAUCUACCAGUAUAUGCCAGUUUUGGAUGAUCGUGAAGUGCUACGACAAAGUAGCCGAGCUAGGAAAGCAAAAGAUUUGCCGUUCGAUUCCCUUUACCCCGUCUUGCUACCGAAAGCUCAUCCAGUAACCCUACUUCUGAUAGAUUAUUAUCAUCACAUAUACCGUCAUGCAAACCCAGAAACGGCAGUAAAUGAUCUCAUUUCACGCGUCAACGUUUCAUGA